AUUCCAUCUACCUCCUCCUCCGCCGCCGCCGCCGCCGCCACCGCCGCCGAAAAAUCGCCUCUUCGUUACCAUGAGCUCAUCAGGGGGAUUGCCAGUGCGCAUCCUGAUAUGGUCGGCUGCACGCCCCAUCCUCAAGUUCUUCGUCGUUAUGGGUUUUGGCGCCUUUCUGGCCAGGAAAAACAUCCUCACGCUUUCUGGCUCUCGGUCCCUGGCAUCGAUCAUCAUCCUGUUGGCAUAUCCAUGCCUGCUGUUCUCCAACAUCGUCUCGAGUGUCGAUGACAGCACACUCGGCAACCUCGGCCUCAUGACCGUGGCUGCCAUUCUGCUCACGAUUCUGGGAUAUCUCUUUGGCGUCCUCGUCCGCAAGCUCGCUAAGCCUCCCAAGAUCUUUUCGAACGGCUGCGUGAUGGCCACGACGAUGGGGAACUGGGGCGACCUUCCUCUCGCCGUCAUUUCCAGUAUUGGCGAGUACGCCCCGUUCAACCGGGGCGACACCGCCAUCGGCAUUGCCUAUGUCUCUGCCUUUCUCUGCUUCGCCAACAUCUACUUCUUCCUGAUCGGAUACCGGAUGAUCGCCUCGGACUUUGCGAGCUCCAAACAGGCGGAUCGGCAAGAGCAUGAUGUUGAUCUGAGCGAGCCUCAGAUCCACAACGACGCUGGUGACAUAGCCAGCAAAGCCAGCAAAGCCGACGCCAUCUCCCUGACCGAGCUUGGUGCAGAUCCAGAAUCCCGCAAGGCCCGGUAUAGCAGCCCUGGCACCGAUGCCCACGAUGAAACCCACAUCGCCGAGCACACCCACACCGACAACGUUGUCGUCGUCGAUGUUGAGUUGGAGCCGCCGCGUUCCUCUCAAGAGGAGCCUUCAAAAGCCGCGGGAUCGUGGGCGGCAUUCAAGAGCGCCUCGCUGCGGGGCAAGUUCGACAUGAUCUUUACUCCAAAAGUCAAGGCGCUGCUGAAGGGCCUGUUUUCGCCGGCCAACUCAUCGAUCUUUGUGGCUCUGAUUCUGGCGCUGAUCCCGGCCACCAAGGGUUUGUUCGUCUACAGUCCCUCGGUCGUCAACCAGAACCUCGGAAACGAGCCCGUCUUCAAGUUCCUGCUGGAGGCCAGCAACUAUAUUGGCCAAGUCGGCCCGCCCCUGGGCCUGGUCAAUCUUGGAGCCGCCCUGGGCCGGCUCUCUCGGAACACACUGCUGCCCUGGCGCAUCUCGAUCUCGGUUGCGCUGGUGCGGCUGGUGAUCCUGCCGGUGAUCGGCAUCGCCCUGACGCAACUCUUGUCGACGCAGCUGAUGUGGAUUCCGCAGCAAGACAAGAUGCUGCGGUUUGUGCUGAUGUUCAUGGCGAUAUGCCCGACGGCGGGCUCUACCGUCUACUUUACUCAGAUGCUGAAUCCUACGGGCCGGGCCGACGAGAUUGCAAGCGUGGUGCUGGUCCAGUAUAUCCUGGCGUUUGUCACGAUGACGGCCGGCAUGGUCGUUAUUCUGUACCUGCUUUCGUAGCUUCUCGACGGGCAAGUCCGAGCGACCAUCGCAAGCGUUGCGAGCCCACAGGCCCGGCGCCCAAGCAGCAAGCCGGAGGACAGGGUCGGGUGCCCUGAUCAAACCACCUCCCUCACACCUCAUUAUCUUCCCUCUAUGAACAAUACCUAAAUAUCGCCCGCCAACCAAGCAGCCGAUUCGGCGCUUUACUAUGAUGUCAUUGCAUCUUCUGUUUUGGAAGCGGAGGAAUGAGGCGGGACGCUUGUACUCCCACGUCAAUACAGACAACAUCGAUCGGUCCACCGAUAGCGCCGUGGCCGGAGAGCAGGCGGAGGAGGCGGGCAAGAGAAAGGGAGCGGCAUCGAGCGCACCAGGCCACGCGAAUUGGCCGAUGUUGGUAGAAGAAAGUGGAUCACGGCGGACCUGACCAGGGGGGUCGCUGUGGGCGAGAGGGCAGGGCAUCUGAGGAUACGAGCGCAUGGCCGGGCCAG